ACGGGAAAGUGGGAUGAUCCAUUAAAGUUUUCACUUCAUUCAAGGUUCAUUCAGUUCAGACUAGAAGCUCGACGUUAACAGAAUAGCUAUAACGUUACCCCGCUGAAUGAAAACAAAUGCAGAUGUCAACGAAUAUGCAAGCGCUGCUGAACUUCCUCAAGCUCUAGUCUAGAGGAAUAUGAACGCGGAAGGUGUUUCCAAACGCAUGCACAACGUGAGAGGGCACGAUGAAUGCAAAGGGCAGAGAGAGGCAACGGACACGGAGCGCUUGCAAAAGAACCGAGGGCACCAGUGUCUUGCGCUCGCUCGGCGUCGACAACAUAGACGAUAAUGAGACAAUGGCAGGCGAGUUGGACCUGGUUAAACAUGGCACUCUUGAACGGAGACUCAUUGCACCGCGAUACAGUUUGCUCCGUGAAAUUGGCAGGGGCAGUUAUGGCGUUGUGUAUGAAGCCAUUGCCCGUAAAUCAGGUGCGAGAGUGGCGGUGAAGAAGCUGCGCAGUGACGCGCCAGAGAAUGUGGAGUUGGCGCUGGCGGAGUUUUGGGCUCUGACCAGUCUGGAGAAACGCCAUGAGAAUGUGGUGCAGUUGGAGGAGUGUGUGCUCCAAAGGAACGGGAUGGCCCAGAAAAUGAGCCAUGGCAAUAAGCGUUCAAAGCAGUAUUUGAGAUUGGUGGAGACCUCGUUAAAAGGUGAACGUAUAUUGUCGUGUCCUGAUGAGCCCUGUUACCUGUGGUUUGUUAUGGAGUUUUGCGAGGGAGGGGAUCUGAAUCAGUUCAUCCUGUCACGACGGCCCGAUCCUCACACCAAUGCCAGCUUCAUGAUGCAGCUCAGUAGUGCUGUGGCGUUCCUGCAUGAAAACAAUAUUGUUCACAGAGACCUUAAACCAGAUAAUAUCCUCAUCUCGGAGCGUUCUGGCAUGCCUGUGUUGAAAGUGGCAGAUUUUGGACUUAGUAAAGUGUGUGCUGGUCUGUCUGCCGGAGUACAGGACACAGAGGAGGGACGGAAUGAAAAAAAGAACAGCGUUAACAUCAAUAAGUUCUGGCUUUCGUCGGCUUGCGGCUCAGACUUUUACAUGGCACCGGAGGUUUGGGAAGGACAUUACACAGCCAAAGCAGACAUUUUUGCUUUAGGCAUUAUCAUCUGGGCCAUGAUGGAGAGAAUCACGUUCGUUGACGCCGACUCAAAACGGGAGCUUCUCGGGACGUAUGUACGGCAAGGUUCUGACAUCGUACCGGUUGGAGAGGCACUUCUGGAGAACCCAAAGAUGGUAUUGAGUAUUCCCCAGCGCAGGCGCUCGCAUAUGCCUGAGGCAAUCCGGAAACUUUUGCAGGACAUGCUGGCAGUCAAUCCUCAGGACCGACCAGACGCACUAGAACUGCACAGCAGGAUGGGACAGGUCAUUUGCGCAGAGUGAACUCUGACCUAAAUGCCCACACAGGUUUUCCCUUUCCAUAACAGACCAGAAGGGACCGCAUUGCUUGGAAAACUGUGAAUCUUCCAUUGCUGAUUUAAUGUGGAGAGAAUAAAGUUCUCAACCUGAACACCAAUACAAAGUUUGCCACAAAUAGAUUUUCAUCUGAUUGUUCACUUUUU